AUGUCUGCUUAUACUUCAUUAAACGAUAUCUACCUUCUCACUUUCUUCAUUGCAAUCUUGAGAGUUUCUGCGCAACUACAAGACCCAACUUACGCCGGCCAUAUUUGCAGCAACAAGAUAUCAAAAAACGAUGUUUACUUAUCCAAUCUCAAAAGUCUUUUGACCUCUUUUUCAAACAGCCAUGCUUCCUUAUUCUCCGAGGGAUUUAAUUUUCUCGCAAAGGGUCAAGACAACGGUACAGUAUUCGGAAUAUUUCUCUGCAGAGGCGAUCUCUCGCCGGAAGUUUGCCGUGAGUGCGUCUUGUUUGCUUCUAGUAACACUCAGAGUCGAUGUCUAAGAGGGAAAGAAUUAUUGAUUCAGUAUGAUGAGUGCAUGCUUGGAUACUCAGACCGGAAUAUUUUCAUGGAUGGUGUAAGAACAUGGUCUACCCCUACAAUAAUCACUUGGAACAAUCAGAGUGUUCCAGACAUUUACCGACCAGACCGGUUCAAGGAUGCAAUGUUUUCUCUGAUGAACAAGUCUUCAGUGGAAGCGGCUGAUAGCAAGGAAAAGAGAUUUGCGGUUAACAAAUCGAGAUUUACUUUGUCUCAGACGCUUUAUGCAUUUGUCCAGUGUAUUCCUGAUCUUUCACCUGAAGGUUGCUUAAACUGUCUGCAACAAUCCAUGAUGGAGUUUAAUUUCAGCAGAGUUGGAGGGAGAGUUGUUUUCCCGAGUUGUAACUCAAGGUACGAGAUUUACCCUUUUUACAAUGAACCCUUGGUGACAACUCCCUCUCCAUCGCUUCCGGUUACAGCUACUCCGUCGCCUCCUGGAAAAGUAAAAAACUCAUUGGUGAUAAUCUUAGCAACUUGUGUGCCGGUCUCUGUCUUUGUUCUUUUUCUUGUGGCUGUUUCAAGCUACCAAGUAACAAAGAAAGUGAAGAAAACUGAUAAUACUACAGCUGCAGAUGAUGAAGGAGAUGACAUUACAACUGCUGGAUCACUGCAGUUUGAUUUUAAGGUUAUUGAAGCUGCCACAGAUAAGUUUUCCAUAUGUAACAAACUAGGUCAAGGUGGAUUUGGAAAAGUCUACAAGGGGACACUUCCUAAUGGAUCACAAGUGGCUGUAAAAAGACUUUCCAAGACAUCAGGACAAGGCGAGAAAGAGUUCAAGAAUGAGGUUGUUCUUGUGGCGAAGCUUCAGCACAGAAAUCUUGUUAAGCUUCUCGGAUAUUGUUUUGAGAGAGAAGAGAAGAUACUUGUCUACGAGUUUGUGCCUAACAAAAGCCUUGAUUACUUCCUGUUUGACUCUAGAAUGCAGAGCCAGCUGGAUUGGAAUAGACGGUAUAAGAUCAUAGGAGGAAUUGCUAGAGGGAUUCUAUAUCUUCAUCAAGAUUCAAGACUCACAAUUAUACAUCGGGAUCUCAAAGCUGGUAAUAUCCUCUUGGACGCUGAUAUGAACCCCAAAGUUGCAGAUUUUGGUAUGGCAAGAAUAUUCGAAACGGACCAAACCGAAGCAAAUACGAGAAGAGUAGUCGGAACCUAUGGUUACAUGUCCCCUGAGUAUGCGAUGUAUGGCCAAUUCUCAAUGAAGUCAGAUGUCUAUAGCUUCGGAGUCUUAGUUCUUGAGAUUAUAAGCUGGAGGAAGAACAGCAGCCUCCAUGAGAUGGAUGGUAGUUUAGGAAACUUGGUUACAUAUACUUGGAGGGUAUGGAACAAUGGAUCGCCACUAGAACUCGUGGACUCAUCCUUUCGAGAGAGUUAUCAAAGCAACGAAAUAAUUAGAUGCAUCCAUAUCGCCUUAUUAUGUGUCCAAGAAGAUACUGAGGAUCGCCCAACCAUGUCAGCAAUCGUCCAAAUGCUUACUACUAGCUCGAUCGCCCUCCCUGUGCCUCGACCACCUGGAUUUUUCUUCCGAAGAAAUAAAGAACAAGCAUGUUCAUCAGUGGACAAGUCUUCUCUCUGUUCGAUUAAUCAAGCAUCCAUUACUUCUUUAGCUCCUCGUUAAGUUUCAUAAACCCAAAAUCUUGGAAAUUACAGUAGCUUGCAAAUUUUGGAUUCACAUCAGAAUAUAGGAUAAUGUUACUUUCUUUGAGGUCAAUAUGCAUUAUUGUGUGUCAAUAUUUUCUAAUGUACCUGGUCCCUCAUUUCACUUGGUCUGCAAAUAAAAGUAUACAUAUUUACUACCGA